UGGGAAACGCACACUUCACUCACACAUCACAGUAGUGGAGCCGUUUUCACGAACGCUCUGCAGACUGACAGCAGCAAACGGAGCGCAGAGGCAAACACAGGGAGGCGUUCACAGACGGCAGGAAAACUCAAAACUCUUGCUUGAUUUUUUUCUCCCUUCUCUUUCAGCUCAUGAUCCAUAAAAAGGAAUACCAUUUUUGCGUCUAGAAGUGAACUUGCUGCGCGUGAGGACCUGCGCCCUGCUAUGGCAGCCCCAAAGGGACAUGGGAACACCGUUUGCCUUUCAUCUUCUUUAUCCAGGCAUUGGACUGCCUUAAUCUGGGCAGCUUUAGCGCUUUUCAGUCAAGUCUGGUGCUUCAACCUGGACACUACUCACACACUGCACAAGUUAGGAGACCGGGGAACCUUCUUUGGUUUCUCUGUUGCGCUUCACCAGCAGCUCACUCCUGAACCCCAGAGCUGGAUUCUGGUUGGUGCACCACAGGCAGCAGGGCGGGGUUUGUUGAGGGGCAGUCGACCUGGAGCCCUGUUCAAGUGUCCGAUCACACCAGAGGAGUAUGACUGCGAGAGAGUCAAUAUUGAUGGAGACGUGAGCUGGGACAAAGAAAACAAAGACAACCAAUGGCUCGGAGUUACAGUCAAGAGUCAAGGAAUAGGAGGAAAGGUGGUGACUUGUGCUCACCUGUAUGAGCUGAGACAACGUGUAGGUCAGCCUUCAGAGACCCGGGAUCCCAUCGGACGCUGCUAUGUCCUGAGUGAAGACCUGACAGAGCGAGAUGAGCUGGAUGGAGGAGAGUGGAAGUUCUGUGAGGGCCGGUCACAGGGACACGAGCAGUUUGGCUUCUGUCAGCAGGGCCUAUCUGCCAGCUUCACUCCAGACAACAACUUCAUUCUGUUUGGGGCUCCGGGAACGUACAACUGGAAAGGUGAGAUGCGGGUCCAGCUACUAAACCAGACUCUGCUGGACCUUGGUCUCUAUGACGAUGGACCAUACGAGGUGGCAGAUCAAAAAGAGCUUAAUGCCCAACUCAUCCCUGUGCCCUCUCACAGUUAUUUGGGCUUCUCAGUUGACUCAGCGAUGGACCUGAUGAGCCUCGGGGAGCUGACCUUUGUGGCCGGAGCACCUCGGGCCAAUCACACAGGGGCUGUGGUGCUGCUAAAGAAAGACAAUGUUCACCGGCUGGUGCCACAGCACAUCUUCUGGGGUGAGGAGCUGGCGUCCUCCUUCGGGUACUCUGUGGCCACCACAGAUCUCAACAAAGACGGCUGGACAGACCUGAUUGUUGGAGCUCCAAACUUUUUUGACCGUAAGGCGGAGAUCGGUGGAGCUGUGUAUGUGUAUCUGAACCCUUUUGGCCACUGGGAUGAUCAGGCUCGCCCCAUUCGUCUCAAUGGCACCUACGAUUCCAUGUUUGGAAUGACAGUAUGCAACGUGGGAGACCUGGACCAGGAUGGAUAUGGCGAUAUUGCUGUGGGAGCUCCAUUUGAUGGAAACGGAAAAGUUUUUAUAUACAGAGGCUCAGAUGCUGGAAUUGAGACUAAACCUGCUCAGGUUCUGGAUGGCCGUGACUUCGAUGUGGGAUGUUUUGGAUACUCCAUCUCAGGAGGUUUUGACAUUGAUGACAAUCACUACCCAGAUGUGGCCGUGGGAUCUUUAAAUGAUUCAGUUGUUCUAUUUAGGUCUCAGCCAGUGAUUCAUGUGAUCAGAGACAUAUCAAUUGAUCCUAGUUACAUUGAUCUGGAACAACAGAAUUGCAAGGAGAGCGAGGGAGCCUGUGUGGAGGUCAAGGGCUGUUUUACUUUCACUGCCCAUCCACAACACUACUCUCCACAUAUCACACUUGAGGUGCUUUUUGAAGCUGACACUGAGCGCAGGAAGCUGGGCCUUCCUCAUCGUGUCAACUUCCUGGGUCGGAGUUCGCUGGAGCCAGAAUACACUCAGAGGGAGGAAGUGGAACUGCAUCGGCAGCGUCACCCCGUGUGCACCACUGCCAUCUUCCAGCUGCAUGAGAACAUCGGUGACAAACUGCGUCCCAUAACACUAACAAUAACGCACACAAUCAAGCCUGUGCCACCGCGCAGACACUCUGCUAAGAAACUGGAAAGGCUUCCACCUGUGCUGAGCAUUUCUCCAUCAAACACACUGAACUUGGAGGUAAACUUCCUUCGUGAAGGUUGCGGCUUGGACAAAAUCUGUCAGAGCAAUCUCCAGCUGAAGUACCAGUUCGGGACUCGACCUCUUCACUCUGACCUUUUCACCCCUCUGCCAAGAGAUGAGGAUGGCAUGCAGGUGUUUUCACUGUCAGACCACCAAUUGGUGGUUCUGGAAAUCACCGUCACCAACAAACCCUCCGACCCUCAUCAACCCGAGGAUGAUGGCGACGACGCCCAUGCGGCCCAACUCCUUAUUUCACUUCCAAACACGCUGUCAUAUUCCGGCUCCAGGGUGCCUGCAACGAUGAGAUGCCAAGCAAACCAGAAUGGUUCUCAGGUCGAAUGUGACCUGGGAAACCCCGUCAAACGCGACACUAAGCUGAAAUUCUCCAUCAACCUGAGUACAUCCAACAUAACCCUUGACACCACAGAGCUUACAGCAGAUCUCCUAAUGACAACUUUAAGUGAGCAGCCUGACCUCGUCCCCAUCACUGCCACUGCUAAAGUUGUCAUAGAGCUCCCUCUGUCUGUCAGUGGACUGGCCCGUCCUCAUCAGCUGUUCUUCAGUGGCUCUGUGAGGGGAGAGAGUGCCAUGACCACACUGGAAGACAUUGGCAGCCCUGUAGACUUUCAGUUUGUGGUUUCAAAUCCUGGAAAAGCUCUUCAACCCUUUGGUACGGCCUUCCUCAACAUCAUGUGGCCAUAUGAGCUGACGAAUAUGAAAUGGCUCCUGUAUCCAGCCAACCUGACGUUUGAGGGCCACUCAGGCCAACACUGCUACCCCUCAGGAGCCUUGAACCCUCUGAAGCUCCAGAGCUCCUCACUUGCUGAGCUUCUGCCAACUGCAGACCAGAAGCUGAGUGCAGACCAUCGAAGAACCCGGCGCUCCUACCCAGAGGAAGAAGGUCACAUGACCACACAAGGUUCCACGGAACGACCCUCACCGGCUGUUGCAGCUUCAGAGAGACGCAAGUCCCUCAAACUGGAUUGUCUGCUGGGGUCGGCUCGCUGUGUGCUGUUCCAAUGUGCUCUCCACAGCUUUACAGGACAGGCUGUCCUCAAGAUCCACGCCAGGCUCUGGAACAGCAGUUUCAUAGAGGAGUACCCAACAGUCAGUGCAUUGGAGCUGGUGGUCAGAGCCAACAUCACUGUGAAGUCCAGCAUCAAACAUCUGGUCCUCAGGGAUGCUGCUGCACAGAUUCCAGUGAUGAUCUAUCCUGAGUCUGGACUUGCAGACCAGUACUGGAUCCCCUGGUGGAUCAUCCUCAUCGCUGUUCUGGCCGGCAUCCUCCUGCUGACUCUCCUCGUCUGUAUACUGUGGAAGUGUGGCUUUUUCCGACGUGCUCCCUACAAAGACAAACUGCCUCAGUACCACGCGGUGAAGAUUCCUCGCCAGGAUCGACCACAGUUCCAGACCGAGAAGUCAGGAAGUGUCCAUAAAAAAGAAUGGGCCACGCACUGGAGUGACGGGACUUUGUAACUGGCUGUGAAGCACCGACUGACUAAACAACUCCACCACGUGUGGCCCUCUUCCUGCCUUUGCAUCAGAACUCGUACAUGCAUAGUGGUGGCGUGUGAUUGGGUUUGCCUUUUCCAAACUGUAGCGUGCUGAGGGCUUUCCUCGGAGAGAGUCUAUUUAAACUCUGCUACUACUCUGAUUUACAUCCCUGACAGGGAGCGUUGACGCUUCCCUGUCUGUCAUGGGUUUGGCUGGCAGAUCAAGGAAAAGAUUUGCACGAAUUCACAAAUAUGUUGUACAAUACGAGAUGCAAGCAGAGACACUGGUUGAUACAAACGCCACAUAGUAAGGGACAGUUUUGCCUUAACAACUGUGAGACUGAUAAGUUGUGUAGGCAAAGAAUGCUUUUUCAAAAAGAAAUGACAUUUGGGAAUUGUUCUUUAGUUAGCACUGGAAGAUGUCAGAAAUAAGAGUUGUGCUUUUUGUUAGCCGCAAAAUCAAAAAAAAAAUCCAAAACAAUAUAUGUGUUUGCUCAUUUUUCAUCCAAUCACUCAAGAAAAAGAAAGUUUUAAGUUUGUGUGUGUUGUUUUAACUUGUGGUUAUAUGUGUAGGCAGCUAAAUGCUGCGUCAACUGCCUAAGGAACUUGAACGAGAACAUUAAACCACAAUGAUGAAUGUAAUAUGCCACGACUAUAUUCCUGCUGUUACACUAAAGGCAAUUUUCUUAACCUAUAACAGUUUAAAAUUUGCAGACCACAGACACAAUGUCAUUGAAUUUGACAUAAAACACUUUUUGAAUACAAAAGUGAAAACACAAACCUGCUUUCUUAAGAUCUGGAAAAGAAAAGAAUAACUGUUUCAGCAUAUCCUAAAAACAUAAGGGUGUUCUACAAAACUAGGAGAAUUUUCAACACAAAAAGUAUCCUUCCUGCAAUGAAGCAACAUAGAGAGAGGGAAGAAAUCCUCAUGGAAAUUGUUGGAACGUGACUUUUCUUUUUAAUCCUUUCUGGGUCGAUAAUUUGGCUGUCGAGCAUGGAAAGCUGGCUUGGUUUCUAUGUAUUGCUGGACAAUCAUAUGUGACAACUGCAUGAAGGUCCAGACCCCACCCAAUUUUUUCUUUUUUUAGGACAUUUAUUUUAUUUAUAUGAUUUUUUUUCUUUUGGACUGUAAUGUUUUAACACUGUAAAAAGAAUAAUUAAUAAAUAAAGGACUCCUUCAACUUUG